AUGAAAGCGUGUAUAGAAGAAUAUGAGAAUAGAAAAGAAGAACCUCGAAGGAACACAUUGAAAUACAAUAUGCCACCUCCGCACGCGGUACCUUGCGGACCUCACUGUGGCACAGGCCACUGCGCCCCACAUUGUCAUUACGGAAAUAGAGGAAUGGGGCAGCCAGCGCCACCACCGCAACCUCACCAUCCACCACCGCCGCAAUUUCACCAUCAUCCGCCACCACCGCCACCGCAUCACCGUCCCCCACCACAAAAUCAGCACCCUCACAACAUGUUCCGUUAA